AUGCUCAAGCAUUUCGACCCAGAUCGGUCCCCCGUAAUCGUGGUCUACGCUAGCAAGUGGGCUGUCUCAGCGGCCCUAAUACAGGAGUACGAUGGCGUGUACCAUCCGGUGACGUUUACUAGCCGCACUUUAAAGCCUAAUGAGCUUAACUACGGAACGGUAGAAAAAGAAGUGCUGGCGCUACUUCGUGUGCUGGAUGUAUGCUAUACUACGCUUGCCUCGCGGGAGAUCACUGUACUGACCCGACAUUCUACGUUAGCCUGGUUGAUGCAGUCUCGAGGGCUCAACGGGAGAUUAGGACGGUGGGCUGCUUUGUUGUCAAAUUGGACUAUGGAGGUGAAGAAAUGUGAAAGAGGAGAGGAAGAGAUCCUGGGCAUGUUAGCAGCGAGUAUCACUCCGAGAGGAGAAGUGGAAGAGAUGCUGAUUGCGAUCUCCCCACGAAAAGACUGUCGACUCAAAAUAUCGAUGCCUCCUCCAACGGUGGAAACAAGUGAGGAGUUGCUGGUGGCCAGUUUCGAUGGAUCGGCUAGGAUAAAAAAGAAAGGAGGGUCGUUCAGUGCCGUGAUAUGGAAGUUACCCGAAUGGACGAUCGUGGCGGCCGAAUCGAGAUAUGUUCACGAUCUGACUGUGAAUGAAGCUGAGUAUAAUGGCUUGCUACUGUGCUUUGAGUUACUCGCCGAUCUGGAUAGGGGGCGAGUAAUACUGUGUGGAGAUUCCAGUCUGGUGAUUCGACAGAUGCGCGGUGAGAUCGACUGCAAGGCACCGGGCCUUCAGCUUCUGAGACACAAAGCGUUGGAGAAGCUGCAGUCAUGGCCUAGUCACGAGUUUCUGCAUAUGAAGCGAGAGUGGAAUCAGAGCGCAGAUCGACUAGCCAGCACAGCAUUGCAGAGCGAAAAGGGAAGAACGGUUGUAGCUGAAGAGGAUCGGCAAGAUCUGAUGACUCUGAACCGUCUCGAUGAAUUGUUGAAGCCCAAGCAAGAUGGUCAGCUGGCUCGGGUAACUGCGAUCGCGAGAUCAGCCAGGAGGAUACGUCAUGAACCUGAAGUGAUACAGGAGGAGAUAGUACAGAGGAUCAGGAUUCAACGAAUUGUCCAAGCUCAAGAUGAAGAGCGUUGGAUUGUCAAUCUCAAGAAGUAUCUACGUGGCGACGUAUCAAACUUGGAUGCGGUAGAAGUGAAGAUGUGCGCCAAACUGGCGCCGGAAUACGAGAUCGAUGAGAACAAUCUGCUAUUUGUUUGCCCCAUGGCGAAAAGAGAGUCAGAAGAUCGCGAUGGUUUGAUGCGGUUGGUGAUCCCUGAGACGUUGCGGCAGGAGUUUUUGCAUCACUAUCACACGAGUCUGAAAGGAGGCCAUCAGGGUAUUGGCCGAACCUAUCAGAGGAUCAGAUCGCGAUUUCAUUGGAGAGGACUGUAUCGGAGCGUUCAACGAUAUGUGGGCGAAUGUACCGACUGUGAGACCGGGAAAGGAAACCCGAUGAUUCAUGGGAAAUCCCCGGGCAAUCUACACGCAACCUAUCCAUUCCAGAUCAUCGCCAUGGAUCAUAUACCGUCGUUGCCCAAGUCCAUCAAGGGGAACACCGAACUGCUCAUUUGGGUCGACCUUUUCUCGGGAUAUGUGAUUGCAAAGGCUAGCUCCUCUCGGACGGCACAAACAAUAGCGGAGAAUUACGAAGAAUGUGUGUUUCGACGCUUCGGAGCUAGCGAGGCUAUCAGGCACGAUCGAGAACCGGGAUUUAUGUCCGACUUCUUUCGAGCCUUCAGUCGGAUCGUAGGACAAAAACAGCGUGCUACUAUGGCUAACAGGCCACAAGCAAAUGGAACAGCCGAACGAAUGGUGCAAACCCUGACACAUUCGCUCAAGAUGUACGUGGCUGAAGUUGACCAGCGAGACUGGGAUGAGUAUGCUGAGCGGCUCACAUUUGCCAUUAACACUGCACAAGAUCGGAUCCGGGGGGAUACCCCAUUUUAUCUGAUUCAUGGGUGGGACCCGCGAUCGACUUUGGAGGCUACGCUACCAGUGGGGAAUACGGGGACACGAGAUCGCGAUCCAAAGAGGUGGAGAUACAAAAUCCAAAGACAAUACCAGCGAGCCCAAUCUGCAGUGAACGAUCGUUUACGAGCCGCGAUCCAGGAGCGAGCGGAUCGACACAACGAAGAUCUGGAACCACACGAGAUCGAAGUAGGAGCGCAAGUUUGGCUAUACCUGGACCGAGUUAAAGAGGGAUAUGCGAAGAAGCUAGCGCACAUGUGGCAUGGGCCAUUCCGAGUUGCGGACGUAUGUGGAGAUCAUGCUGUAAAAUUGGAGAUCGCUGGAACCCCAUAUCGGCUAUAUUCGAUUGUACAUCUAUCGAAGCUGAAGAAGGUAAAGACGCUCCUUGAACGGCCGAAGGAAUAG